GGGCUCCCUUGCCAGUCGCCAAAGGUUAGUGAGGAGGCGCUUUCUCAAUACGAUCUCGCAUUAUUCCAUUUAGUAAACCAUGCCUUCUUCAAGGCAUUAUUAUUCCUGGCAGCAGGGGUAGUAAUACAUGCGCUCAAUGACGAACAGGACAUGAGAGCCUAUGGUGCCCUAGUCCAACUAUUACCCUUCACUUACACUAUGCUGCUGAUAGGUUCACUAUCUUUGAUGGCUAUACCUUUCUUAACAGGUUUCUAUUCAAAAGAGCUGAUCAUAGCUUCAGCUUACGGUAAUUACUCAGUCUCCGGCCAUGUUGGAUAUUGGUUAUCCGUUCUAGCUGCACUGUUUACAGCUCUUUACUCGACUCGGAUGCUCUACUUAACAUUCUAUAAUCGACCUAAUGGGGGUAAGGAUCGGUACCUAUCUGUUCACGAGUCACCCGUGAUUAUGGCCAUUCCACUGGUUAUCUUAGCUAUAUUAAGUAUAUUCUUCGGAUAUUUCGGUCAAGACGCCUUUGUAGGUGCAGGCUCAAACUUUUAUGGGAAUGCUCUAUUUCAGCAUCCUAAUCAUGUUCUCUUAGUUGAUACGCAUUUUUCUGUUCCUCUCCUAUACAAUCUUCUUCCUGUCGUACUCCCUUCUAUUGGCUCUGUACUCCUGCUGGCUCUGUAUACUUUCUACCCUCGCUCCUUAAUAUCCCUCAUUAGUAGCAAGUUAGGGAGAUCGGCCUAUGCCUGUUUAAAUCAAGCGUAUCGGUUCAAUCUCCUAUAUGCGCUAAUAACAAAUAAAGUUCUUGCAUUAGCUUUCUACUGCUCUAAAACACUCGAUCGUGGCGUCUUAGAGCUGUUAGGGCCUUAUGGGCUGGUUAGCCUACUAUUAAAAGCCAGUCAGAAUAUGGCAACCUUAGAUACAGGCUUUGUGCCCCACUAUGCGUUGUAUUUCGUCUUGGCUUUGAUUUCGUUCGUAAUUCUAACCUUUCAGGUUAACGAACCUGAAUAUCUGUUAAUUCUUAUUGUGCGUCAUUAUUCAAACAGCCAGGGUAUCCCUGCUUUAACAACAGAGCAGCAUGAUGCUCUCAUAGGCUGUACACUCGGAGACCUUAAGAUUC